AUGAGCUGUGGGCUCCAAUGCUGGGUGGUGCUUUGCCUCCUGGGGACAGGCUCCAUGGACACAGGAAUUACCCAGACACCAAAGUCCCUUGUCACAGGCAUGGGGAACAAGAGGUCUUUGAGGUGUGAACAGAGUUUGGGACACAACGCCAUGUACUGGUAUAAACAGGUCCCAGACAGGCCUCCACAACUCAUGUUUCUGUACAACUACAAGGAGGUCUCUGCAAAUGAGACUGUCCCGAGUCGCUUCUCCCUUGAGAAGCCCGACAACUCCCACCUGUACCUCCACGUGGACGCCCUGGAGCCCGGCGACUCGGCUGUGAACCUGUGUGCCAGCAGCAAAGACACAGCCCUGCAGAGCCUCCACCACCCUGAGCACAAACCACGGCCCAGCAGGAAGGACUCAGCCUGUCCCCCAGGCCCCAAAUCUGCUCAGACCUUCUCCCAGCUCCUGCCUCCUGGCUCCCGGCUCCCAUGGACCAUUAGGUUCCUGUCGCCGGCUGUGUGGUCCCAUCCCACAGGACACUCAGAACCCAGAGUCCACCAGAGCCCUCGCCACCUGGUCAUAGGAAUGGAUCGGGAGGUGGUCUUGAGGUGUGAUCCCAUUUCUGGUCACGUGUCCUUGUACUGGUACCGACAGACCCCAGGGAAGAACAUGGAGCUCCUGAUUUACUUCAAUGAUGAAAAUCCUUCAGAGAAGUCUGAAAUAUUCAAGGACCGCUUCUCCGCGGAGAGGUCUGGCAGGUCAUUCUCCAACCUGAAGAUCCAGCCUGUGCAGCCGGGGGACUCGGCCGUGUACCUGUGUGCCAGCAGCGAGGACACAGCCCUGCAGAGCCACCUCCCACCCGUGCACAAAGCCACAUG